CUCCCCUCCGAGCUGCGCGCGGCAGACCUCGGAGCGCGCAGUCUGAUGGAGACGCUCCUGACGUGACGUCGCAGCCCGUUUCGCCGUUUGCCCACACUAACGCGGAUCGCACUGAGGAUAGGCGGACUGUAUCUUUACCGUCAGUUCAAAUUGGGUUAAUCACACGAAAGCGGCUGCAUAAAAUCGACUCAACUCCAUUGAGGAGCUUUUUUGCUAGCGAUGGAUCGACAUAAAAUGAAGACAAAUGACGACGCGUGUGUAAACACAAGCACUUCUAUGGAAACCCUACCUUUUUGAGGAAAUGAUUCUCUGGCUUCCUUUUCCACAUGCCUGCUGCUCCACUUCUGAGUCAGCAUGUCUCUGAAACACAACAAACAUUGGAGCCACACACACAGCGACUACAGCUACAGGCCCCAGAACUUGCCCCUGACUGACAACUUUGGGAAAAGAUCUGUCAGGACAUUUGUAGACUUCAGGCACACAAACAUGCCUGAAGGUCUGGACAUAAAAGGUUUCCCACUGUUGUGUUUAGUCAACUUGUCAUAUGUCUCGAAAGUCAAAGUAAUUAGCUUCCUUGUGGGCCUGGUGCUGAUGUGUCUCAUCAUGGCUUCGUACCUCCUGAUGUGGGACAGAAAAGGACUUCUGCUCUCUGAGUUCCCCCAUCCUUUCAGGCCCGUGGUUAUCAUGACCGGUGCAACAACUGCUGAAGACUCUCUUGACAGGAGCUUUAUAGAUGUGAAAACGCUGGUAAAAAUGAUCAACUCCAAUGAGCAGAACACGUCCAGGAAGGUACCCGACGAAAAGGACGUCAUCAACACAGACCCACAUUUCUUUUCAGUGAUUCCUCGCCAUUUCCUGCCCCACGUCAAGAGCCCAUGCUGGUACGAGGAGCUCUCCGGUGAUCUUGGCACGGACCCGUACAAGAACAACCGCUUCAGUCUCCGCUCCAAGAGUUUCAAGAACGUGUGUGACCACAUGAGAGCCAGGUUCCACCAGAAUGUGUGCGACAUAGACGGGAAACGCUUUCGCCUGCGCUGCUUGCCGUACUUUUACAUCAUCGGUCAGCCAAAGUGUGGCACGACAGACUUGUUUCACAGACUCUUGAUGCUUCCGGAGCUUAAAUUUAACACCAUAAAGGAGCCACACUGGUGGACCAGGAAACGCUUUGGUUAUAUCCGUUUCAAAACAGGCUUCCAGGAGCGUUUUCCGAUAGAGGAUUACCUGGAUCUGUUUGACUUGGCAGCCAUCAACAUCCAAGUAGGAAUCAGUGGAAAUUCAUCUGGAGAACACCGUGCAAAUGAGAUCAUAACAGGGGAAGCCAGCGCAUCGACUAUGUGGGAUAAUCAAGCCUGGAGUUAUCUCCAUGGAAACGAGGAGCAGACAGAACCUCCGUUCCUAGCUCAGGACUUCAUCCAUGCAGUCCAGCCUGGCGCCAAGAUCAUCAUAAUGCUUAGGGAUCCAGUUGAGAGGCUUUACUCCGACUACUUGUACUUUACCUUGGCCAAUAAGUCUGCAGAGGAUUUUCAUCAGAAGGUGGUUGAGUGUGUCCAGUUGUUUCAGUCCUGUCUCUCUGAGAGGUCACUGCGAUCAUGCGUCUACAACACCAGCCUUUUCAACGCCAUGCUGGUGAGACUCACACUGGGAAUGUACUUUGUUUUUGUCCUGGACUGGCUGACUGUUUUCCAAAGAGAGCAGAUUCUAGUUCUUCGACUGGAGGACUACGCAGCCAACCUCAGAAAAACUCUCAAGACAGUUUUUGAUUUUCUCGGUGUGGGCCCGCUGUCAGAGCAAGUGGAGGCGUCGCUGACCAAACGUCCAAUGUCCAAUACGCGCCGGGCGAAAGACAGGAUCCUUGGUCCCAUGCUGCCAGCAACCAGGAACCUCCUCAGUCAGUUUUACCAGCCAUUUAACAGUAAACUGGCCAACAUUUUGAACAAAAAGGCUUUCCUCUGGAGUUACAGCUGAAGCAGCCUGAGCAGGAAUGAAAUCGAAUGGAGUUGAGAGAUCGGAGAGAAAUGUGACAGCAGACUGCAAUGAAACGCCUGAAGUGAACCUUCAGUGAAAGAACUGAUGCUCACGGCUCUUUGAAAGCAGGACACUUCAAGUCAAUAUGAAAAUGAGGUAAACAAACCCUCAUGUCACAAAGUGCAUUCUUAAGAGUCCGUGCAACAAACAACAUGCCUGAAUAGUUUCCACCUAAUUUAUAACUGAGAAGAACGAGUUAAGUGUCUUGUGCUGUAAUAGUUUGUUUUGAACAUGUACAAAUAAAAUGAAUUAGUUUCGUUUUGUUUAUGUCACAUUUGGUUUUAGGUUUGAAAAAAAACCUAACAUCAGGGGAUUGUAAUAAAAAAGAAUCUGAUUUUC